UCUACAAUGGAGCUGAUAUCUUUUAAACCCGAAAUCCUCGAAAGGAUCAUCCCCGACGUCUCCUUAGAGAGGCACCUCAAGAUCGGGAUCCGCUCGAACCAAAGAUUGUUUGAUGAGUUCAAAAACAUCCAGAUUCUUUCUCAAAAAUCGUCUCAUUUGCUCACCACCUCAUACAUCCAAAAUGGCAAUACUCUUGUCAUUUGCAAUAUAUCAUAUGGAAUCACCGAGCUCUUGGGUGGGGAAACCCCGGAACAGUACUCCUCGGUAUACCCUACUCUUUCUAUCUCCAGAGGCCGCUCAGGAGCUCCCACUGAUGAAGAAAUGAAUCUCUCUCAAAAGCUAUACGAGUCGACUUUGCACAGCAGAAUAUUACCAUCCAAUUCACUAAUAUUCAAACCAAAGGUGAUGAUCGAUGAUAAUUUGGAAGACUUGGACACAAACAAACAGUUCAAGUUCAACCUCUUUGUGAACUUGAAGGUAUUUGAUCGGUCUGGUCCACUAUUUGACGUUUGCCAUUUUGCCUUGGUGACUAGCUUGAAGGCUGUUAAAUUGCCGGUGAUAUACUUGAAUGACUCGUUUGUAAAGUUGUCUAUCGACAACUUACUUGCCUACCCCGACGCCGAGUUGGUGCCUUUACGUUUGAACAUGGAGGUUCCUUUGGUGUCCUCCAACUUUGGACUCUACAACUUGGAUGAAAAAAAUCUCAUCAUCUGUGACUUGGAAAACGAAAGUGAGGAAUCUAAUAUAAUAUCCAAGGUCAAUGUGGUAUCCGAUGGUAAGGCUUUUAAUGAGUUUACGUUAAUCAAUGGAAGUCUCUUGAACAUCACAAGAGAUGAAAUUAAAUCUUUAUUAAGAACAUCUAAACAAAGAGCCAAAGCCAUAAAUAGUGUAUAAACUUUAAUUUCACUCGCUUUCACUGGACCCUUUGUCUUUAUCUUUACUUAACAAUCGCUUUUUUGUGUCGAACGUCAGGUCAUCCUCCAUUAAAGGUGAACGAGACUUCUUCCCACUGUUGAAAUUUUCAACCUCUAUAUCGGCCAUUGGAGUGCCUUCUUUCUCUGGCUGUUGGACUUUUUCAUCCUGAUCAUAGUUUUCGACUUGGGUUUCCAAUUGGAGAAAGUUAUUCUUGAGUAUGUUCAAAUUGGUCUCGUACUGUUUUUUACCUUCUUCAAUCAAUUGGCUGAACUUUUCGCCUCCAAGUAGGUUAUCCUUGGUUCUCUUUCUGUAAAAUAGGAGAUAUGCUGCACUGGUAAUGACUUUUUUAGGAUCUUCUAUUGGAGAUACUCGGCUGUCAUCGAAGUAGUACCACCUGUUAUCUCUGAAGUUAAGUGCAGAUCCAGUGUAAUGGCCUCCUCCUAGUCCACCGUAGUGAUUAUCCACGGCAAUCAAGUCGUAGGUCAAUUCUCUGUCAGGACUGUUUACAUAUUGACUCAUAUCCAAUCCUUCUAUGGGGAAAUCAACUGUAACAUCAAUCUUAUCACUGAAGCUUCUUGCAACCUGGAACCUCUUCAAAUGUAUCGUCAAUAUAUCACCUGUGUUCCAUAUUUUUAUGGUUUUCGUAGCUUGUUUAUGAUCCUUGCAUCUAGGACAAUACCAUAAAUCUUGAUCUCCAAGAACUUCUGGUUGGUAAAACUUGUCCAAACAAUCGUACAACGAGAUGGUAGACUUCUGUUUGGCAAUCA